GAACACGAACUGCACAACAAGUGAAACUUCCUGGGUUGAUGCUUCUAUUUUUAUUGAUCUUGACCUAUAAAUGCACUCAUCGCUGAACUGACAUUCAACAAUUACUCUUUUCUUCUGUACCCUCUGUAUCGCUUUCUCUCUUAUCCUUCUUCUCCUUCUUGUAUGGGAGUUCUGUUCUCUGCUUUGUUCAAAAUUCCAGGGAUGUUUCACAAGAUUAUGGAUUCUGUUACAGGGAAAGAAACCAGGUUGAAUGCUGGGGUGGGUGGGAAGAAAAAGAUCAAAGGGACGGUUGUGUUGAUGAAGAAGAAUGUGCUGGAUUUCAAUGACCUUCACGCUUCCGUCCUUGAUCGGGUUCACGAGUUAGUGGGCAAAGGCGUUGCACUGCAGCUCAUCAGUUCUGUGAAUACCGAUCCAGCUAAUGGGUUACGAGGCAAGCUUGGAAAAGAGGCAUACUUGGAAGAAUGGAUUACAACCAUUACGCCGUUGUCGGCCGGGGAGUCAUCAUUCAACAUCACAUUCGACUGGGACGAGGGCAUCGGAGUUCCGGGAGCUUUUAUCAUUAGGAACUUCCACCACAGUCAGUUCUUCCUCAAGACAGUCACACUUGAAGACGUUCCAGGGGUUGGCCGAGUCCACUUCAUCUGCAACUCAUGGGUUUAUCCCACUAAGCAUUACAAGUAUGACCGGGUUUUCUUCUCCAAUCAGACCUACCUACCGGCUAAUACCCCAGAACCCCUACGCAAAUACAGGGAAGAAGAGAUUGUGAAUCUUAGAGGAGAUGGCACAGGAGAGCUCCAGGAAUGGGACCGAGUCUAUGACUACGCCUACUACAACGACCUGGGUAAUCCUGACAAGGGUCCUGACUCCGCACGUCCAGUUCUCGGAGGCUCCACACAGUACCCUUACCCUCGCAGGGGAAGAACCGGCCGGAAACCCACACAGACAGAUCCCAAAACGGAAAGCAGAUUGCCACUUCUGAGCCUGGACAUUUACGUCCCAAGAGACGAACGUUUUGGUCACCUGAAGAUGUCGGAUUUCCUUGCCUAUGCUCUGAAAUCCCUGGUCCAAUUCUUGCUCCCGGAGCUGAAAGCUUUUUGUGACAACACUCCCAAUGAGUUCGACACCUUUCAAGAUGUAUUAGACCUCUACGAGGGAGGAAUCCAGCUACCGAAAGGUGUACUAGACAGUGUCAAGGAAGCAAUCCCCUUGGAGAUGCUCAAGGAACUUGUUCGAACAGAUGGUGAGCAACUCCUCAAAUUCCCCAUGCCUCAAGUGAUCCAAGAGGAUAAGUUUGCUUGGAGGACGGAUGAAGAAUUCGCCAGAGAAAUGCUAGCUGGAGUGAACCCCGUUUCCAUUCGCCGUCUUCAAGAGUUUCCCCCAGCAAGCAAUCUUGACCCUAAAUUGUAUGGCAAUCAGAACAGUUCAAUAACCAAAGAACAUAUAGAAAGCAACCUAAAUGGGCUAACAGUCGAUGAGGCUCUGGAAAACGGCAAGCUAUUCGUACUGGAUUAUCAUGAUGCAUUGAUGCCAUACCUGACACGGAUAAACUCAACAACCACUAAAACCUAUGCCACAAGAACUCUCCUCUUCCUCAAGGAUGAUGGGACCUUGCAACCGUUGGCAAUUGAGCUGAGUUUACCACACCCAGAAGGAGAGCAACACGGUGCAGUCAGUAAGGUCUUCACUCCAGCUGAACACGGCGUCCAGGGUUCAAUUUGGCAGCUCGCCAAAGCUUACGCUGCUGUUAAUGACUCCGGUUUUCAUCAGCUCAUCAGCCACUGGCUGAACACUCAUGCAGCCAUCGAGCCAUUUGUGAUUGCAACAAACAGACAGUUGAGUGUGCUUCACCCCAUCUACAAGCUCUUGCAUCCUCACUUCCGGGACACAAUGAACAUAAAUGCCUUGGCCCGGCAGAUUCUCAUCAAUGCUGGUGGGGUGCUGGAGAAGACCGUCUUUCCAGCAAAAUUUGCCAUGGAAAUGUCUUCUGUGGUUUAUAAGAGUUGGGUCUUCCCCGAGCAGGCACUCCCUGUAGAUCUCAUCAAGAGGGGAGUAGCAGUUCCAGACAACAACAGCCCCCAUGGCCUUCGCCUUCUGAUUGAGGACUACCCUUAUGCUGUCGAUGGACUUGAAAUCUGGUCUGCUAUUGAAACAUGGGUCCAUGACUAUUGCUCUUUCUAUUACCCCAACGAUGACUUGAUCCAGGGAGACUCUGAACUCCAAUCCUGGUGGUCAGAGCUGCGCAAUGUGGGGCAUGGUGACAAGAAGGACGAGCCAUGGUGGCCCAAGAUGCAGACACUUUCAGAAUUGACCCAAACAUGUACUAUCAUCAUAUGGGUAGCCUCAGCCCUCCAUGCGGCAGUCAAUUUCGGACAGUACCCUUAUGCAGGCUACCUCCCAAACCGUCCUACCAUAAGCCGCCGCUUCAUGCCGGAGCCAGGUACUCCCGAGUAUGCUGAGCUUGAGUCCAACCCUGAUACAUUCUACCUGAGAACAAUUACAGCCCAGCUCCAGACUCUCCUUGGUGUUUCCCUCAUAGAGAUCUUGUCCAGGCAUUCUUCUGAUGAGGUCUAUCUUGGGCAAAGAGACACUCCAGAAUGGACAACGGAUGCAGCACCACUAGAAGCAUUUGAGAGAUUCAGAGAGAAACUUGUGGAGAUUGAGAACAGAAUCAGGGAGAUGAACCUUGACAAACGGUUGAAGAACAGAGUAGGGCCCGUCAAAGUACCAUACACCUUGCUAUUUCCGGACACCUCCAAUGUGUAUGGUGUUGGAGGGCUCACUGGCAGGGGAAUUCCCAAUAGCAUUUCAAUUUAAAAUUCAUGACCUGGUUAUCAUAGUUCUGGAGUAGUUAAUGACUUAAUGUUUUCAGCUACCUAGCUAUAUAUUUCUCAAAUAAAAGGCCGCAUUGAGGCCUCUCUGUAUCCUUCUCUUUUUCUGCAUUUUCUAGUUAUGUAGUGAAGGCAAAUGUAUGUACAGAUAUUAGAUAUUCAAAAUUGUUGACUUGUUUUGCAAACAA